UGAAAAGUUGGUUAAAAACAAGAAUAUGCGUUUGGUAUACGCGCGUAUGUCAGUGCGUAUAUUCACAGGGUAGACGGUCGAUCAAAUAACACCGUCAAAACAAUGAUUCAUCCUUCGUUAUUGAUUUUAUUUAAAUUUAAAACUUGAUACACUCGUUCAAGUAUUUCGACGAAAUCUCGAUUAAUUGGAAAGCGCUGCUACUAAAUUUCUUUGCCGAACGUAAGUGGUGCGCCAUCUUUGAGGUUAUCGUUGAACAACAAAGGUUAAAUAUUUUACGCGACGAUAAAAAAUGAAACAGCGCGAUAUUUCGAUUAUUUGAAAAUUUCUCGUUAUUUUGAUGCGCUUCGAAAUCGAUCGUUAGUUUAUACGAUAGACGAUUAGGAAAGUGAAACGCGGAAGAUCGAGAAUUCUUCAACUUUCUCCGUUUAAAGCCAUAAAAUAGCUAUUUAGUGCGUUUCAUCUUCCGUACAAGUAUUAGAGCGAAGAAUUGAAUUCGAUACAUUUUAUAGUUUUACAAUCAGCAUAUCGAAUUGAAAAGCUUUGAUAAUCGUAGAAGUAAUAAAAGCAAAAGUUUAUAUGGCACAUAGGGAGAUUAUUAAGUUGAGCGCGAGGUUAAAAAAGUCGAAACUAACCGAUGUUACGCGAAGCGAAACGAUCUCGAACGAAGUACAGAGCGUCGAGGCGAAGUUUGCCGAACGAUGGAAAACGUUGACGAUGCCGAUCGUGACAAAGAGGAAGCGACUAAAGAAGAAGGGGAAAGAGUAAAUCCCGAUCGUUCUGUAACUAGAAUACGAUGGAAGGUGAGCAACCGGUGGGCCGUGUUGGGCGCUAGGCUGGUGCGCGUCGAUCGCCGCGAGUCGACGGUGAUACAUAAAUCUUCUCGUUCUUUCUUCAUUUCUCUCUCUCUCUCUCUCGGCAAAUCCCUUUCCCCUCAGCCCGGGAAUCGCGAUUCUCGCCUUUCGUUCUCCCUCCUUUUUCGCGAACGCAAUACCGUUCGCCAGCCCUGGGAAUUCCGCUUUCCCGUAGAAAAGAAACGCACCACGGAAACAUCGAACGCGUACUUUCGUCUCGUCCGUGAGUUUUCGUCGUGCCCAAAGUUCCUGUCGCGAGUGGAAUGUGAACGGACGCGGCCGGUAUAUAGUUUUCCUGUCGAUCAGACGGUACCAAGACAUCGCGCAACGCGCUAUGUAAUCGAAAGAGAGACGCGCAUCCGGUCGCGACUGCAUCGAGACAGUGCAUUCGAACGGACGUUGUUCACCGUACAAGUGUACGUCGAUUCGUUUUGAAUUUUCUAUCGAACGUACGUGCGUGCAAAAAAGGGAGAAAGAGGGAGCAGGAGGUGAAGGAACGUCAGGGAUCUGAAUGCAACGACACGAACGCGCAGCGAUCGAAACGCCGGUCGCGAAUCGGACGGUUAAGUCUUUGCGAACGUUCGGUUACGUUCUAUUCACCCCAGAAGCAUGCUGAUCCUUCCGGAUUUAAGGUUACAGGGUUCUGAUCCGAGGGUGGCCACCUGCCGAGGGAAGCUGCAAAACAAACGCAGCAAGUUGAAUCAAGAGAUAAACAAGGAGCUUCGAUUGCGAGCCGGUGCGGAGAACCUGUUCAAGGCGACCACGAACAGGAAGCUGCGAGAAACCGUCGCCCUCGAACUGAGUUUCGUCAAUUCGAACUUACAGCUAUUGAAGGAGCAGCUUGCCGAGCUAAACAGCUCGGUCGAAUUGUACCAGAAUGUCGACAGCGAUGAACCGGCGAUGCCGAUGAUACCGUUGGGACUUAAGGAGACCAAAGACAUCGACUUCCGGGACCCAUUCAAGGACUUUAUUCUCGAGCACUACAGCGAGGAUGGAGGAAACUACGAAGAAGCUAUCGCGGAUCUCAUGGAAACUCGACAGGCGACGAGAACACCGACCCGAGACGCGGCUGGCAUCGCGUUGCUUCUCCGCUAUUACAACCAGCUGUAUUUCGUCGAACGGCGAUUCUUUCCCCCGGAUCGAAGUCUAGGCAUCUACUUCGAAUGGUUCGAUUCGCUGACAGGAGUGCCGAGUUGCCAGCGGACGGUCGCCUUCGAGAAAGCCUCGAUCCUCUUCAACGCGGCCGCUCUAUAUACUCAGCUGGCCGCUAAGCAGAAUCGUCUGUCCGCGAGGGGCUUGGAUCAGGCGAUCGACGCGUUCCUCAGGGCAGCUGGUACCUUUCGUUACAUACACGAAAACUUUACCAACGCACCGAGCAUGGAUCUUGGACCGGACAUGCUCGAGAUGCUGGUUCAAUUGAUGCUGGCGCAGGCAAGAGAAUGCUUGUUCGAAAAGCUGGAACUUCAGUCGAGGGACGGAAGGAAUAUCGACGUGUCGUUGGACCUCGCGCAGGAAGCGGCACAGGUUGCAACGGUGUACAACGACGUCCAUGGACUGAUUUCGCGCGAACCCGUCCGAGACUACGUGCCCGAGACGUGGAUUUCGUUGAUAUCGGUGAAGCGCGAGCACCACUUGGCUCUUGCUCACAAGCACCUCGCACUCGGACUGUUCGAACGUUCGAUCGCCGAAUGGCGCCCGGAGACGAGACUCGCUCUCGAACACGCGCAAAAGAGCGACGGGAAAACGCAGUUGGACGUGAUCGUGCCGCGGGACGAUAACGAGAGGCAACUGUUAGGAAAAGCCCAUUUCAGGGAAGCUUUGGCGUUGCACGAAGAGAGUCAGAGGCUACAGAGGAUGUGCAGAGACUUGAAAGCGAAACAAGCGCUCGCCAAGGUCUUGAAGAGAGUGCAGGAAUCCACCGUGGAUAGCUACAACGUGAUCGGAGACGAGGAUGACUUUCGAGGACUGUUGGAUCCUCCAGAUAUUAUCGCUUCCACCAAGUUUCAACUGAGCAUCACGCAUCCAGACUUUGGACAGCACGGAGUGGACGAUCUUUUCAAGUCUUUGGGCCCGGUGGCUAUAUUCUCGGCUAAAAGGCACUGGACGGCUCCGCGUUUAAUUCAGCUACAAAGAGGACCCGACGGCGAAGGAUUUGGCUUCAGCGUCCGAGGAGAUGCUCCCGUGAUAAUAGCCGCGGUCGAUCAUAAUUCAUUGGCCGACUUAGGUGGAAUGAAGGAGGGCGAUUUCAUCGUAGGAAUCGGCGACAAGGACGUCAAAUGGGCUUCUCACGAACAAGUGGUCCGUUUGAUCAAACAGUCCGGUGAUUUUAUAAACUUGAAGCUGGUUACGCCUAUGGAUAGAAAUUACUUAAAGAGGCCUGGUAAAGCCAACCAGCAGGACAAAGGAAGCGUCUCGGCGAGUAGCUCUUCCGGGAUAUCCUCCGGUCAACCGAGUCCCGCCGGUUCCGUGACUACCGCUCACGUAGCCAAGAAGCUACCUUGGAAUCCGUUCAAAAAGUCGACCACCCAGCGCGACAGCAGGGACCUGACGUUCGAUAACGUUAUCCUCAGAUGACUUUUCGAAUGCUACACGCGAGCCUCGAGAAAGCAUCGGAAUCGCGAACGUGCAUCGAUAAUCCUUCGCAGACGUUCGUUGUUUUUCGAGACUCGCGUCUCGUCGAUACCACGACGAGUUACCAGAUCGUGCCUUUCCCUCGACGCAUCUGUCAACGAUUUUGUAUAAUAUUUUAUUCGACAGAUACGUAUACUUAUCGCGCGUGCCCAUACUCGAUCGAUUUCGAGUCUACGCGCCAUUCGAUGGAACUCGAUGACCCUCGAUACGCGAUUAUGUACAAACGAACGGUGAAACGAAGGAUAUCGAGUGAAUUUGGAGACAAAUUUGUUCGACGUUAUCCUUUGUGAAUAUACUCGUAUGUAACAUGCGAUAAUUAUAUUUUCUUCGAGAAGAAA